CUUUUAUUAAUCUGGAAUACAACUGAAAAGACAAUUGCAACAUGAUUUUUUUCGUCUAUAUCGUUUAAUAAUAGUUGGAAGUCGCUUUCAUGAGGUGUCUGAAAGAUGUGGUGAAAGUGAUCGGUUCAGGUAGCAUCGUCUUUGUUUCCUACCUCACGGCUAUUGGAGAUGAGCGUUUCUAUGCCAACCAGCUGAUGCCCCUGCUGCAAAGGACUGUGGGAGUGGAUGCAGCCCACUUGCUGAUGGUUCGGCUCAUUGGCCUGGGACUGGUACCAGGCAUCAGGUACCAGGACCCGGUGUCACUGGAAGUGAAGGUCAUGGGUCAUCGCUUCCAGAACCCCCUGGGGCUGCUGACAGACUUCAGCAGGCACUCCGCAGCCAUCGAUGGGCUCUACAGGCUGGGCUUUGGCUUUGUGGAGGUGGAGACAGCCGACACACAGGCAGUGUCCACUGUCCAAAGGGCAGGCAGCAGGUACAAGCCCAGCUGCUUUGUUUGUGCCGCUGUUCAGGAGAGAUUAAAGGCGAGGGAGGCCUUCCAGUCAAAGCUGACCACAGCUGGGCAACCAAUGGGAAUUAACCUGGGCCAGAGCAACCUUUCCCAGGAUCCUGUGGCUGAGGUUACAGAAGGGGUACAGGCCUUGGGACCCCUAGCAGAUUACCUGGUAGUGAAUGUUAGCAGGCCCAGCUCCCCAGACUCAAGGGUCCAGAUGGGCAAAGGAGAACUGCGCCACCUACUGGACGUUGUGCUAAGGGAGCGGGACACCUUGCCGUGUGAGCGGCGACCCCCUGUUCUGGUCCGGAUUACCUCUGAUCUCCCUACAAAAGACAAGCAGGAUGUUGCUGAUGUCAUAACUGAGCUUGGCCUGGACGGUUUGGUUGUCUCCAGCUCUGCCAUCUCCAGGCCAGUGUUGGACUCAGAGCAAAGGAUGCAGCAAGUAACAAGUGGACAGACCACCAAGGAGCUGUCCAGCCACACAGUGCGGGAGAUGUACUCACUGACGGAGGGGAAGGUCCCCAUAAUCGGAGCUGGGGGCGUGGCCAGUGGAAGAGACGCCCUGGACAUGAUUCGUGCUGGAGCGUCAUUGGUCCAGCUCCGCACUGCAUUUACAUAUCAAGGGCCACCCGUCGCCAUGAGGAUUAAACGGGAGCUGCUACAGCUUCUCAAAGAGCAAGGAUUUAAAUGCGUAUCUGAAGCUGUUGGGGCAGAUGUCAAGACUGGUGGAGGAUAACUCCAACCACGGCCAUGCAGAGCCAAGAUCUAAGUGGACUUCAGACAAAUCAAGUGGAGAGUCUGUCAUCUGCAAUCCUGAAAUUCUCACUGGAUGCUUUUGCCUCAGCUUUAAUCAUGAAUUCAGUCGCUGUUCCCCACCGGGACCCCUAAAGUAGCAGGUGUCAAGAAAGUAUUUACACGUCAAAUGUAUAAGAACUGUGGAAAACAUUUGGAAUUUUAUGUCUUACAAUUGAA